AUGAGAGUUCAGGUGUGGAAUUGUCAAGGAGUGGGGAGCCCCUUGACAAUUCCCCAGGUGAGGGAGGUGAAUAACCUCUUCUCUCCAAGCAUGGUGUUUUUAAGUGAGACUAAAAAUAGGACAAUUUACAUGGAAAAGGUGAAAAACAUUUUAAAAUUUGAUGAGAUGGUUGUUGUUGAAGCAAUGAAUAAGGCAGGCGGGCUCGCCCUACUGUGGAAAGAGGAAGUUAAGGUUCUUCAGGUUUUGAAAACUGCAUUCACCAUAGAGGCGCAUGUGGUGGAUUUGGAAAAUAAUUCUGAUUGGUGGUUUGUUGGCAUUUAUGCGAGUUGCGACAAUCACAUUAGGAAACAACAGUGGAAAGUCAUUGAAAGAAGGAAAUCUCUAUGGGGAGAAAGAUGGAUCUUAGCUGGUGACUUUAAUGAUAUCAUUUCCAACGAAGAGAAAUGGGGUGGUAUUUGCAGGCAGGAAACAAGUUUUCAGGAUUUCAAGCAAUUCAUUAAUGGAAAUCAACUUAUGGAUAUUGGAUUCACUGGACAUCCAUGGACUUGGUGUAACAAUUACGAGGAUACGGGGGAGAUCAAACAGCGAUUAGAUAGGGGUCUUUGUAGUCUCUCUUGGUCACAGGUUUAUGAGAACGUAGUGUGCAGACAUAUAGAUUCUUAUGCAUCUGAUCACAGCAUUUUGAUCAUAGACACUAAGCCGAACUCUAGUCGGCGGCGUAAAAGAUUUUACUUUGACAAGAGGUGGCUACAAAGAGCAGACAUUGGGGAUGUGAUCAGGGAGGCAUGGCAGCAGAAGAUAGAGAAUAUUCAAUUUCAAUUGAGUGAGCUGAAAAAGUCAACAGGGAGCACCAGAAAUGGUUUUAAUGGAUCUCUAAAGAGACAAUUGAAGGACACAUACCAAGAGGAAGAACAAUACUGGCAGCAGAAAUCAAGGAUCCAAUGGCUCAGGGAGGGAGAUAAAAAUACAAAAUAUUUCCAUGCCUUGGUUCAAGGUCGGCGAAGGCGAAAUAGGCUAAACAAAUUACAGCGAGACAAUGGUACAUGGACUGAAGGUGAGGAGGAGUUGUGCAAAGAAAUGGAGGACUAUUACCGGAAUCUUCUGAAUGGGAAUGAGGGAGGGGACUUAACUGAAGUACUGGAUGGUAUACCACACUCUAUCAUGGAUGAAAUGAAUGAAAACUUGCUUAAACCAGUCUUGGAAGAUGAAAUUACAUCUGUUGUUUUCUCUAUGAACCCGGACAAAGCUCCUGGGAUUGAUGGUAUGUCACCUUUAUUCUUUCAAAAAUUCUGGACUACCAUCAAACAAGAUGUGGUAAAUGCCAUCCAAACUUUUUUCCAUACUGGUUACCUUUUAAAGAGUGUUAAUCACACAGUGAUUACUCUUAUUCCCAAAGUGCUAAACCCUACAUCCUUGAAGCAGUUUAGACCCAUUAGUCUCUGUACUACCAUGUACAAGAUCAUAGCUAAAAUCUUAGCCAAUAGGAUUAAAAGUGUCUUGCAUUGUUGCAUUUGCAAAAAUCAAUCUGCUUUCAUUUCUGGUAGGCAAAUUCUUGACAACAUUUAUGGUUUCUCAUGA